AUGGAAGCUGAAGGUUAUAAAAAAUUCAACGUUGAUCAACCACCACCUCCUCCAUCAACAAAACAAGAACUUGAAAGCAGCACAUAUAAUAAUAUUCUGGAAACUGAUCAUUCUCUCAUAGCAAACAACCACAACCCUAUUACAUCAUCAUCAUCAUCGUCAUCCCAAAACCCUAUUACAUCAUCAUCAUCACCAUCAUCAUCAUCCCAAAACCCUUUCUUAGUUCAGAGUGAUGCAACCACUAACAAUAUUACAAAUAACAUGGAUAACAAUAGUUCAAACACAUGUGUUUCUAAUGACUCUGAUGGGAGUAGAACUAUACCUUCUCCAACUUUUGAGCUACCAAAUCAUGAACACAAUCACACUUCUAUAACAAAUAAUGAAAAUUCAAAUUUAGGGUUGGCCUCCCAUUUAUCUAGAGAAUCAAGUGAUGUAGGUUCUAUAUCAGGAGGACACCAUUCAGCAUCUAUUUCAUCUAGCCAAACCCUAGAAAAUGGCAUGAACAAAGGACCAGAGAUACAAAACCCUCAAGUACAAGUGAUGGAGCGUCCGAAUGAAACCAACGCCACGUCCCCGUAUGUUUUUCCAUCUCAUGUGUUUGCUAGAAACAGUACGAAUGUGCCGAUAGAAUGGAGCACUGCAUCUAAUGAAUCUUUGUUCAGUAUUUACAUGGGUAAUAUGAGUUUCUCUAGUGAAUUGGCCUGCUUUAAAUCUUGUGAACUGGAUAAGCCAGGUGAUGCAAUCACGUGUGAUCAACAACCUAAUGCUUCUUCAGCAUCUGAUCAACAACCUAAUGCUUCUUCAGCAAGUAAUCAACCUCCAACGCCAGUGAACAAAUUCAAUGAUAUAAGCCAAAGAACUGCUGAAUUGCAUGAAGAAGGUUUGAAGGUAACAGAAGCAAAAGCUGCUGAGACGAUGAGAGAAGUCAUAAUGGAAAAUUGUCGAACCAUGGAGAAUAAGCAAGAUAAAAAAUCUAGUUCUAAACAUCAUUUAGAUGGCAGCGCCAAAUCCUAUGCAUUUCAAACAUCAAAAGAGAGAGAUAAGAGUGUUUCAUCCAAGGGUGCUGGAGAAAAGCAAAAGAAGUCAGAGCAAAAUGAAAAAACAAAAGAAGAUUUACAGAUGAAUGACAAAGAUUUGUUAUGGUAUUCUAUGGUGAAAUACAAAGUAGCAUGUUGUCCUACAAAUCUAUGA